AUGGGAACGAUCCCCUACGAACCAUACGACGAAGCAUUGCUCGGCCCCCUGACACCCCACGUCCAACUCAUCGCCUCCGCCUCAGCAGGCUACAACGAAUUCGACGUCCCCUGGAUGACCUCCUCAGGCAUCUGGUUCACCAAUACCCUGCACUCCGUCUCCGGCCCCACGGCCGACAUGGCUAUCUUCCUCAUUCUAGCCGUCGUGCGCAAUACCUCUGUCGCGGAGCGCCAGGCGAGGGAGGGGAAGUGGAAGGAAGGGUUAACACCGACUCCGGAUCCGAAGGGGAAGGUGUUGGGGGUGGUGGGCAUGGGGGCGAUUGGGAAGUUGGUCACGGGGAAGGCGGGGGUGUUUGGGAUGGGGGUUGUUUAUUUUCAGCGACGGAGGUUGAGUGAGGAGGAGGAAAGGGGGUUGGGGGUAAGGUGGUGUGGGAGUUUGGAGGAGUUGUUGAGGUGCUCUGAUAUUGUGUCCCUGCAUACGCCGUUGAAUGAUGAGACGAAGGGGAUGAUCUCGCACUCAGAGUUCGAGAUGAUGAAGGACGGGUCGUUUUUAGUUAAUACUGCCCGCGGUGCUAUCGUGGACGAGCAUGCGAUGAUCGCGGCGUUGGAGAGCGGGAAGUUGAAGAGGGCGGGGUUGGAUGUUUUUGUGGAUGAGCCGGGGAUUAAUCGCUUUUUCAUGGAGAGCGAUAAGGUGGUGCUGCAGCCGCAUAUGGGCGGUUUGACGGAGGAGGCGUUUGCGGCGAGUGAGAGGGAGUGCUUGGAGAAUGUGAGGGCGUUGUUUGAGAAGGGGGUGCCGAAUUCGCCGGUGAAUCGUCCGGAGAGAUGA